AUGAUUACAAACAUCUACGCCAUCACUGCUUUUGCAGUAAUUGGCGGUAGUCUGUUUGGUUUUGAUAUCUCCUCAAUGUCUGCCAUCAUCGGCACCACACAAUACGCAUGUUACUUCAAUCAAGGCCCGAAUCCGGAAUCCUGUGACGGACCGCUAGCAAUUGUACAAGGCGGCAUCACUGCCAGCAUGCCCGGUGGAUCUUUUCUUGGCUCUCUUGCCUCGGGGAUUAUCUCUGAUAAAAUUGGACGAAAAACUGCAGUUCAAAUUGGGUCGGUGAUAUGGCUCGUUGGAAGCACUAUCAUCUGUGCGUCUCAGAACAUCGGAAUGCUAAUUGUUGGCCGCUUCAUAAACGGAUUCUCGGUGGGAAUCUGUUCUGCUCAGGUACCAGUCUACGUCUCCGAACUAGCUCCUCCGCAUCGACGUGGUCUCGUCGUCGGCACACAGCAGUGGGCCAUCACAUGGGGAAUAUUGAUCAUGUUCUACAUAUCGUACGCAUGCUCCUAUAUUGAUGGUUCUGCAGCCUUUCGAAUUCCGUGGGCACUGCAAAUGACACCCGCCAUUCUGCUCUUUUUUGCGCUCUUCUUCCUCCCGGAAUCUCCUCGGUGGCUUGCGCAACAAGAUCGAUGGGAAGAGGCCAUCGAUAUUCUCGCUUUGGUGCAUGCAAACGGAGACCGACAAGAUCGAGGGGUAAGGACUGUAAUAGAGCAAUUGCAGAGCACUUGCAGCACCGACCACGACGCCUCAACCUCGUCGUAUUGGGAACUCUUCAGCCCCAAUAUGAUUUGGAGAACCCAUAUCUGCAUUUUUGUUCAAAUAUGGUCUCAGUUGAGCGGCAUCAAUGUCAUCAUGUAUUAUAUUGUGUAUGUAUUUGGGAUGGCUGGUCUGAAUGGCAGUGCCAAUCUCGUCUCUUCGUCGAUCAACUAUGUGAUCAACAUGGUCACUACUAUAUUCGCACUCGUUUUUGUCGACAAGAUCGGACGUCGCCCCAUGCUCAUCGGCGGUGGUAUCUCCCUUACUAUCUGGUGGUUUGUAUGCGCGGGCUUAAUGGCCGGCUAUGGAAAACCCGCACCACCAGGUGGCCUGAACAAUAUUUCCGAAGAAAGCUGGUCAAUUACCGGAGCUCCCGCCAAAGCCGUGAUUGCCUGCUCGUAUUUGGUUGUUGCAUCCUUUGCUCCCAGCUGGGGCCCAAUCUCCUGGAUCUAUCCUCCCGAAUUGGUGCCUCUUCAUCUUCGGGGCAAAGCUGCCGCUGUCGCAACUGCUAGUAACUGGAUAUUCAAUUUUGCGCUGUCCUAUUUUGUGCCUCCGGCAUUUGAGGAUAUCAAAUGGAAGACAUAUCUUAUCUUUGGGUCUUUGAGUUUCGUCAUGACUCUGCAUACGUUUUUCUGCUUUCCCGAGACUUCCCAAAGGACUCUGGAGGAGAUUGAGGCAAUGUUCAAAAACGGAAUCCCUACGACAAAGACUAUUUUGGGACUCGAAAAGAAUAUCAGUGAGAAUAAUAACAUUGCUAUGGUUGAAGAUGUCGAACAAUCAAAGGUUGACUCUACACAUGUUGAGAUUGCAGAUGCUUGA